AUGAGUGCGGCAGCAGAUGCUAAAAGAAUCAAAGCACUUGACGCGGCCAUCGCUGAGAAGCAGAAGAAAAUUGAGCACUUGCGCAAGAAGUGCGCCACAGUCUUCCUGGGGAUAAAAACGCUUUUAUCUCAAGGGAAGGAAGACGAGGUGGAGCAACUUAAAAUCGAUCUAACCUUUAUAAAAGAAGACACACAGAACCUGAAAUACGACAUCUAUGAGCUCAAUAUGGAGAAGCAAUAUCUACAAGAAAAGAUUGAGUCUCAGAGAAAAGACAAGCACAAGAAAAAGUCCUCUUCGAAAGACGGAGACCUCGGUGAGAUAGAGGAGAGGAUUGCUGCCCUGUUGAAGAGCUCUGAAAAGUCAGCUGAUGCUCAAGAGCAAAUGGAAAGGAUUGAGAUUGAACAAAUGGGGAUGGAGGCUUUUAAAAAGAGCAUGAGAGAAACAAAUCCAGCAAAACGACAGGAGCUUGUUGGACUGUACAAACUAUUAUGCAAUGAACUGGACAUCCCUAUUGAUGAGAACUGGCUUAUGACUGCGUUUUGA